AUGAAGUUCUCAACCAUCGUCGCCACAGCUGUUUCCGCAGCCAUUGCCGUGUCCGGCACCCCCAUCGAGAAGCGCGAAGUCGGCGGACUCCUCUUAUGCACCGGCGCCAACGCAACCGGCACCUGCACUUACAACGUCUACGAGCUCAAGACAUGCCACCAGCUGCCCGCGCCCUUCCACCACAACACGAGCACUUUUGCGCCCGAUGGCGAAGCCUUUAACUGCUUCCCCCGUAUUGGCGACUGCGGCUCCAUCUGCACCAGCCCGACGGGAUGUACCUUUGGCGCUGUCGACUUCAACUAUAAGAACAAGUUUGACCUUGGUGCUAUUAAGUGGAAUACCUUGAUUUCCAGCUUUGACUGCGAGUUGAAGACGCCUCCAACCACGCAAUAA